GUGUGUUCAGCCUCCAUGUGUCAGCUCGGUUGCCGCGGCAGCAGUGUGAGGACGGAGCUCGUAUGAAGCGUCGCUGCGUUCCUCUGAGAGCCGACCACGAGCUGCUGACCCCCGACACACACACUCUGUCGGGGGUCCGGCUACUUCCCUUUGUCUCGGCUCCAUCUAAACACCUCAGCGACUCGUCCAGCAGCGAUCAAUCAGCCAAGUUAUCGAGGCGUCGCCCGGCGUCGUCUCCGAGCCGCCGCCUGAGAUUCGAGGAUGAAACGGAGACGGAGGCGGAGUCUCGUUACCUGGAGAGACAGAGGAGGCCGGUGCUGCUCUCUAAACCUCACCUGAACAGGUAUGUUUACGGAGCAGCGGGGGCGGGGCCUGUUGGAGUCCGCCUGCCUUUACCUGAAGACAGGGGGCGGAGUCUGCACAGGCCAUGCCUUCACCUGCUGACUGAGCCAAUCAGAGAGACGUACAUUGGCUCCGUCAGACAUGAGGAGACCAGGGUGGUAGGGGGCGGGGCUUACCACCAGGUGAGGAGGAGGACCAAUCAGAAGGAGAUAAAUGGAAACCCGAUGCCCAUCAUAGAUCUGCCAAUCAACCCCUACGCCCUCGACCAGCUGACCACGCCCACUUCCUACUUGGCCCCGCCCACUGUGGGGUCAGCGAUUAUGUUACAGAGCAUCGGGGUAAACUGGACAGAGGUAGUGCCAAACCAGAACAAGAAACAGGACCAGAACCAGCACCAGGAGAAGAACCAGAAGCAGGAGAAGAACCAGAAGCAGGAGAAGAACCAGAAGCAGGAGAAGAACCAGCACCAGAAGCAGGACCAGGGGGGUCCAGCUGCAGCACAGCCCCAAAAAGGGGCAGCAGCACUGCAGCAGAGAAGCCCCUCUGUGGAGGUUCAGAGCUCCACAGCUCCGCCCCCUGCUUGCAGAGAGCCAAUGAGAGCAGAGACUCACGCUGAUGACCCGCCUCUUCCUGAACGCCUCGGCAGCAGAGACGAUUCCUCUCGCCUCUCUCUGCGUCGUCUCUUCUCCAGCGUCAGGCUCAGCGGGACUCGAACCGGCAGCCUCGACCGCCUCAGCUUCAGGCCCCGCCCCCCUGUGACUGACCCCGCCCCCUCUGACCCCACCCCCACAGGAACCAGGAAGUCCUCCGCUCAGUCUCCCAGUGUGCAGGGGUCGCCCUUCCUGCAGUUGAGGAAGUCGUCUUCGGUUCAGAGUAUUGUGUCAGAGCGUAAGAAGAAGAAGGAUCGCUCUGCGGACUACAGACGAGCCGCUGAGCCGUUCUCUCAGAGGUCUCUCACCCUGCAGGACGUGGGUUCUCCGUCCUCAGCGCGCUGCGUGGGGCGGGUUCUCCAGGUCUCUGCUGACGGCUCGGUUCUGUUGGAGCUGAUCCGACCGAGCAGCAGAACGUUCGGGUUCAUCGUCAGCCGGGGGAGGGGCCGCAGGGACUCAGGAGUGUACGUGGAGGACAUGCUGGACCUCAGCACAGAGAAGCUGUUCUCAGGUCUGCUCUCAGUGGGAGAUGAGUUCCUGGAGGUCGCCGGGCAGAAAGUGUCCGCUCUGACUCUGGAUCAGGUGACCCGGCUGCUGACCCAGAACACCGUCACCACCGUCAGGGUACUACGCACACCGCCACGCUGACACCACAGAAGAAGAGAGGCCAAUAAUACAGCUGAUUACCACAGAAGAAGACAGGCCAACAAGACAGCUGAUCACCACAGAAGAAGAGAGGCCAUCAAGACAGCUGAUCACCACAGAAGAAGAGAGGCCAUCAAGACAGCUGAUCACCACAGAAGAAGAGAGGCCAUCAAGACAGCUGAUCACCACAGAA